CAGUCCACGGGUUUCCUCAGUCCCCAGAAGGAGCAGCAUGGGCAACCUCCUUUGUAGUUUUAGAAGCAGGUUUGUUGCCAUGGAGUUUAUAUUCUGACUGGAGUUUGGACGUAUAAAGGUAAAAGACUGUUUUUUAGCGUUUCAAAGAUCUGGCAAAAAGAUAGGCUGCUGCUCUUCUUCUGGAAAAGCCUGAUUGGUAAGAUUCCUUUAAGGGUUCAGCCCCAUAGAGCUUUAUCCCAUCCCCUCACUUAUUUGAAAACUCAAGCUUGCUGAGACCUCUGGAGGAAAACCUGCCCCGGGCCCUGUCACUCCAUACCAAUGGCUAAUCCUGGAGGUGGAACUGUGUGCAAUGGAAGUCUUCACAACCACAAGAAACAGAGCAAUGGCUCACAAAGUAGAAACUGCACAAAGAAUGGAAUCGUGAAAGAAGCCCAGCAAAAUGGGAAGCUACAUGUUUAUGAUAAACGGAUUGUUGAAUCCUUUGAGGAAGCACCUCUUCAUGUUAUGGUUUUCACUUACAUGGGAUAUGGAAUUGGAACCCUGUUUGGCUAUCUCAGAGACUUUUUGAGAAACUGGGGAAUAGAAAAAUGCAACGCAGCCGUAGAGCGAGACGAACAAAAAGAUUUUGUGCCGCUGUAUCAAGACUUUGAGAAUUUUUAUAAGCGAAACCUUUACAUGAGAAUCAGAGAUAACUGGAACCGACCCAUCUGCAGUGCCCCAGGACCUCGGUUUGAUAUGAUGGAGAGGGUAUCAGAUGACUACAACUGGACAUUUAGGUUUACCGGAAGAAUCAUCAAAGAUGUCAUCAACAUGGGCUCCUAUAAUUUCCUUGGCCUCGCAGCUAAGGAUAAUGAGUAUUUGAUGACAGUUAAGGAUGUUUUAGAGAAAUAUGGCCCGGGCGUGGCCAGCACCAGACAUGAAAUGGGUACCUUGGAUAAGCACAAGGAGUUGGAAGACCUUGUGGCUAAGUUCCUGGGUGUAGAAGCAGCUAUGGUCUUUGGGAUGGGAUUUGCAACUAACUCAAUGAAUAUUCCUGCACUCGUUGGAAAGGGAUGCCUCAUUUUAAGUGAUGAAUUAAACCACACAUCUGUUGUACUUGGGGCCCGACUCUCAGGUGCAACCAUAAGGACCUUCAAACACAAUAACAUACAAAACCUAGAGAAGCUCCUGAGAGAUGCUGUCAUCUAUGGUCAGCCUCGGACCCACAGAGCUUGGAAAAAGAUUCUCAUCCUGGUAGAGGGCAUAUACAGCAUGGAAGGUUCCAUUGUGCAUCUGCCCCAGAUCAUAGCUCUGAAGAAGAAAUACAAGGCUUAUCUCUACAUAGAUGAAGCCCACAGUAUUGGGUCUUUGGGCCCAACUGGCCGGGGUGUCACAGAAUUCUUUGGCAUAGACCCUGGCGAAGUUGAUGUGUACAUGGGCACAUUCACCAAGAGCUUCGGAGCUGCAGGAGGUUACCUAGCCGGAAGGAAGGACCUUGUGGAUUAUUUACGAGCUUACUCGCAUAGUGCUGUUUAUGCUACAUCCAUGAGCCCCCCGAUAGCAGAACAAAUCAUCAGAUCAAUGAAAUUAAUCAUGGGACUGGAUGGGACCACAAAAGGGUUGCAGAGAGUACAGCAACUUGCAAAAAACACAAGAUACUUCAGACAGAGACUGAGAGAAAUGGGAUUCAUUAUCUAUGGCAAUGAAAAUUCUUCCAUUGUUCCGCUGCUCCUUUACAUGCCUGGUAAAGUAGCGGCUUUUGCAAGACAUUUGCUAGAGAAAAAAAUUGGAGUAGUGGUCGUGGGAUUUCCAGCUACUCCCCUCGCAGAAGCUCGGGCUCGGUUUUGUGUUUCAGCGGCACACACCCGGGAGAUGUUAGACACGGUUUUGGAAGCCCUUGAUGAAAUGGGUGAUCUCCUACAACUGAAAUAUUCCCGGCACAGGAAGUCAGUGCAUCCCAAGCUGUACAAUGAGACGAGCUUUGAACUCAAAGAUUAAGUUUCCUGGUCCUGAAUGAAGCAUAAAGACUUUGCCAGAAAGACCUCCCUCCUUGCCUCAGAAGGAAUAUAAAUGGAUUUCUACUUCUUCCUAAAGACGAUUUUGGUUUCCAGACCAACUUAAUUGAACUGAGGGAGACAUUGUUGUGUUUUAAUGUCUCCAACUCAGGACUGCAGAGACAAAAAUACAAUUUCAGAUUUAAAUCUCUCCUCUCCCAAGUUUUCUGCUAGAAAUAGACACACACACACACACACACACACACACACAUACACACACACUUCUUAACAUAUUUUUAAUGGCAAUGAGCCUAUGUUUUAGCUGCUACUGUUGCAGCCUCUUUGGUCCAGACACUUUGAGGGGUUUCAACCAAAUGAGAGGAUUUUGACUUUUAAUUCAGCAAUUUCACUAUGUGUUUACUUAUUAUCUUGAGAUGUGGGCAAGUGUGGUAGACAACAGAUACCUUCCCUGUUCUACCCAUAAAAGUAUCAGCUAGAACUCACCUAUCAUGGGAAGUUCCAGGCAGGAGGGUAAAGACAUGUUGCUUCUACCAUUUGUCACAUUUGGACUUUUUCCACAGACAAGUGUCAAAAGACAUAGUUAAUGUUUUGAGGGAGAGAGCAGAACUGGCCAACAGUGACUAGAGACAUCUUUGAAGGAAACUUUCCUUUUCCUCCUGCUGGUCUCCUACAGUUUUACAACUGGGCUUGAGGUUUGGAAAAUUCAAGACUUUUGUUUCAUAAGGAAGAGGAGCAGAAAGCAAGUACAAGCCAAUGUUAGGCUUACACGAAAACUGUCAGCUUGAACCUUGUUGAUGCCGUGCAUAGUGAAUAUAUAGCAUGCAUGGCCUUUAUUUCUUUAAAGAACAAGUUGCCAUUUUCUUAUUGAAUUUUGAGUAAGUGGUGAGAUUCAAUUUCCUUUAGAACUGACUCCCAAGACCACACUUGAAGAACAUAUUGAUUCAAGAAGGACAUUUAAAAGCAAAUUCUAUCUAACAUUUUCAAGACUGACCUCCCCCCCACUCCCAUUCAGACCUAUUAAAUAGUAUUGUCACUUGGCACAUACACUCUGAACUGGGGCAAGGUGGCCUUGCAUACUUUGGGGCAACUAACUGUAGUUUACUUGCUCUCACUCUCUUAUUCCCUCUCUCUCUCUCUCAAUAUGAAUGCAAACGUCUCUGGAAUGUAGGCCCUUGCUAAUUGGAUCUAGUUGGUAUGGAAAAAACCCGUGGAAAAUCUUAUCUUUAACAAGCUCCCAGAUGGUGCCCAGAUUUGGAAACUCUAAAGAGCAGCGGUGACCUUUUAGCAAAGCUUCUGUAACAGUUCGAAUGAGUUGCAGACCAUUCCACUCCAUCAAAUGACACUGUAAACAAAUCACUUCAAGAAAGGUUUGGCUUUGUGUGACACAGAUGGACCCAGGCUUUCAUGCUGUGCACUGAGAUAGAAACUCCACUGCCGGCGCCUGUGUCGGAUGGAGCAAUGUGCCCUGAUACUCAAAGCUUAUUAAAGGAAAAAGGUGAUCAGCGUGGAAAGUCUUUUAUGGGGACAUUAUAACCCCAAGAGGGUACAUCAAAGUGAAUCACAAUGAUAAAGAUCCUCAUGAAUGUUUAAGAGUUGUAAGGGGUCCUAUUAGUGAAAGAGGCAAUAAAGGGGGUUCUGAAAUUCAGUUGCCCCAUCCAAUGACCAAUUUUGAUAACUGAAUUCCAACUCUUCUCAGUGAAACUGGUGCAGCAUUACUUGUGCAAAUAAAAAAUUGUAUGUCAUAAAUGUGCAAAGAAGUAAGGCAUGUUGGUUUUAUCUCUUGAACAUGUGCAUUUAAAUGAAAUUGUACCUAGUUAAUUUUCCAAGAUGCAUGAACGCCUUGAGUUCUAUAAAGGAGACAGCAAAGCAUCUAGGCCUUCUGCAGGAUAUUGCAAGUAAUAAACACCCUCCAUCCUUUCUGAA